AUGAAGUACUUAGCUGCUUACCUAUUAUUGAACGCUGCUGGUAACACCCCAGAUGCCACCAAGAUUAAGGCUAUUUUGGAAUCCGUCGGUAUCGAAAUCGAAGACGAAAAGGUUUCCUCCGUUUUGUCCGCUUUGGAAGGUAAGUCUGUUGACGAAUUAAUUACUGAAGGUAACGAAAAGUUGGCUGCUGUUCCAGCUGCUGGUCCAGCUUCUGCUGGCGGUGCUGCUGCUGCCUCUGGUGAUGCUGCUGCUGAAGAAGAAAAGGAAGAAGAAGCCGCUGAAGAAUCUGACGACGACAUGGGUUUCGGUUUAUUCGACUAA